AUGAGCAUUUCAACCCUGGGGGAAUUAGUGGAGAAAUUUCUUCACCAUUUUGUCUCCUCCCGACCUACGACCAGGACCUCAGCUUAUCUGUUCAACAUGCAACAGAACCCGGGAGAAUCACUUCGGUCGUACGUCCAGAGGUUCCACGAAGAAAGCGUGCAGAUACCUAAUCCUAAUGAGCAGGUCACCAUUGCUGCUUUUACCCAUGGGCUCGUUGUCGGAGUAUUCAAUACGGGGAUCCACAAGAAGUAUCCCCGCACACUCCAUGAAUUGUGGUUGAAGGUCGAGAAGGGCAUACAGGCCGAAGACCUCAACCGCAUGAAGAAAGAGGUCCAGACCACCCGCUCAAGGACCGAUCCCCGAAGGGGAAAAGAGGCUGGCCGAAGUGAAGUGGGGGCAGGGAGUGGCUUCCAAAGCCCUAACCGAUACCGCCGCAGUGUGUUCGACCGAAUCUCCAAGGGGAAAGCAUCCAUCCCCGAGUCCGAGUUGACCCCUUUGAACACUACUCGGUCCUGGGUGUUGUCCGUGAUGGAACAGAACAACCUCGGGAAGGCCCCUCCCAAAAUGUUCGGCAGCCGGAAUAAGAGGAACUCGAACCUCUACUGUUUGUAUCACCGGAAUAUCGGGCAUGAAACCGAAGACUGCAACGAUCUCAAGAGGGAGAUCGUGAACCUCAUCAGGCAGGGGCACCUGAAGCAGUUCAUCCACCGAGGUGGAGGUCUGCAACGUAAUGAACCCCGACGAGACAGCCGGGGUGAUCAACGCCAAGACGAAAGGCGGACGUCCAGAAGCAGUUGCAGGCCUCCAGAGGAUCCUAAGGAGACAAAAGGGCCUUCCCGAGACGGAUCUUCAGGUCAUGGAUUAGGGUAUGGACCCAACAUAGCCGGGGUCAUCAAUACAAUUACCGGAGGUCCGACGAGAGGAGAUAGCCAGAAUUUCCGGAAGAGGACCUACUGGCAGGCUAACCCGGAUCAGGCCGAAUCGAGCUCCCGCCUGUCCGAAGUGAUCUCUUAUGGACCCAGCGAUCCCGUCCCUGCUGCCUUGAGCAGUCAUGAAGCCUUGGUGAUUGAGGUGCUCACCAACAAUUAUAUCAUUAAGAAGGUCUACAUUGACCCAGGGAGCUCGGUGGACGUCAUGUACCCCCGUACUUUUUAG